AUGGCGCGAGGUGCCACCGCCCAGCGCGUCGUCGGCUUCGCCACGGAGGUGACUUCCAUCCGUCCGGCGAAGGACGACGAGCAGUCUGUCAUGGAGCACUUCGCUAGACAUGCCUCCAAGUGCAACAUCUGCAAGGACCCUUACCUGGCGUACAAGCAGGACACUCCUCUCUGCGACCGGGGAAACGCCUAUGCCAUAGAUGUUGCCAACUAUAUCUACUCUAAGGGCGGCAAGCCGUUUUCGGUAAUUGACCGCAAGAGAGGAGACCGUGUCCAGAUCGAAAUCCCUUUUGGUUGUGAAGUCAUCAGCAGCCUCGUCAAGGCUUUCGACCGAGGUAUGACCCUCAGAGCCUCCAAACCGGUGGUGGUUACGCCCACAUUCGAGAGAGAAAGGUUAGAGAGAGCCGACAAGACCGAGCGGCCCUCCUCCUAUUCUCCCCGGACAGAGCGAAGAAAGGAAUAUCAUGUCGAGGAUCAGCCGAGAGAAAGACGUUACCGCCAGGGUGACGUUGAGAUGGUCGAGAUCACCCCCUCCACCGCCCGCCGUGAAAGAAGAGAGCAGGUCUACCGGGACAGGGUUGACGAACAAUACAGACCCGAACGCCGAGCAAGACCUCUCAGCUAUAUGGAGAGAAAAGGAAGUCUGUACGAGAGAGAUGAACAAGAAAAGCGACAACGGCGACGGUACGAAGAGCAACCAAUUGUCAUUGUGGCCGAGCCUCCACGACGGCAUGUGCGACGGUGA